CCUCCACAUACGUGUGCCUGAAAUACCUCUUACAAGCACUAGUGAAAUAAAAAUAUCGAUCGAGCUUAGUGAAAUUCAUCCACAUGUAUUACUGAAAUACUUCUUAUAACUGCUAGUGAAAUUCUCAGAGGCGUGAAAUGAUAAAUAUGGGCCCAGGUUCACUUCUGAUUUCCUGGGCAAGAAAAGCCAUACAAGCAUUUAAUGGUAAAAUGUAAAAUAUCACUACAACUACAGCAUAUUUCACACAUUGUAGGUAGUAUUGUGCUGCAUGCCUCUUGGCAGACAUUUUAUCCAAAGAGACCUACGUAGAGUAAAUCAAGAUAUACAUCUGGAAAUCAAACCCAUGAUUUUCACCAUUUUGAUACAGAGGCCAUGUAUCGGCUAUGGGACCCAUAUAUUAAACAUAGAUAACAUAGAUAAACAUUUGUUUUCAUUGUUGUUGGGUUUUCUGUACCAAACUGGAUGAGCCCGUUGGGCUCAUGGAGUCAAGGGCCCUUGGGCACUGACCGUAGGCUCCACACACACAGCCAUUAGAUGGCACCACGAAUUCAUACAAUGCAGUCGGCAUUAAAUCGCAUGUAAUAAUUGUAUUUGAAACGCAGCAUUUCGCAGUUUUUUAACGAGGACAUUGCAAUCUUUGAAUGGCAGCUUUUAAAUGUUUACUUAUAGCAAGGAAAUGUAUAAUACUAUCCGGUGGACGGACAGCAGUGCUGCUAGGUAGGCCUAUAACAGUUAACCCAAAUCUUAAGCUACUGUAAAAAACGAUGCAUUCAAAAUAAGGCAAGAGAACUUUCUUCGGAUGUGUCUGAUAUCAGACACUGCAGACGGCUGCCCCACACUGGUCGUUUAACGAAUAUCAUCAUAUUUUUUCAAGUUUAAAAUGGGACUUGCUUAAAACGGACUUACUGCCCUGUAAUAAAUAUUUUAGAAUAGUAUAAAAAGCAAAAAUAUAGUUUCGCAUAUGUAGUUAACGUGUAUUAAAUGACGUCUCUCUAAAUACACGCAUUGACACAUUUGAUAGGCGGGUUAAAACAUUUGAAAGGCGGGUUCAGGCAGUAGCCUAUAUGGAACAGUGAAAAGGUACGAAUCAUUUCAAAGCUCUCAAAGGUUCUCGUCACAGCGUUGCUCUGUUAUUUCAAAUGAACCCAGGGAGUAUUCUUUCUCUUUUAUUUGGCUGUGCCAUGUUGCAGUUGAUUUGCUGUUACAGUGAUGGAUCUUUAUUGGAAGAAGAAUGUCAAGGAAUGAACAUCAACCACGGAAAGCCACCACAAAACAGCGAAUCGCCGUUUACCGUCGAUCCAGAGAACGAAACCUUCAAUGAUUCAUACGUGGGAAGGAACAUUUCCGUGGUGCUUUCAACUACAUCAUCUCCGUUUAAUGGUUUUAUGCUGGAGGCUUAUGAGUGUGAGGGGUGUAAACCUGCUGGGACUUUCAGUUUGACUGACCCGAGCAGCACAGUCCUCCUGAAAUGUGAUGGCCAUUCUGACAGAGCUGUAAGUCACAGUAAUAACUUCAAUAAAUAUUCCAUCACAGUAAAAUGGCAUGUGCCUGCGGCAGGAACCUUCCACUUCAGAGCUGCAUUCACACAGACCUUCAGUGUCUUUUGGCUAAGAAAGCCGAUACAAGCUACAACAGUAGCACCCACAACAACCACUCAAGCAACCCCUUCAGAAACCAAUGCAGACACUUCAAUCACUGCAACCCCCACCACAAGUACCGCUUUUACCACUACAUAUACCACUGGAACAGAUGCUGCUACCACAACCAACAAUACAGGCUCCACUGCAGGUACCACUGCAAUCACAACUGCAGAAACCAAUGCAACCAACAAUGCAGGUACCACUGCAAUCACAACUGCAGAAACCAAUGCAACCAACAAUGCAGGUACCACUGCAAUCACAACUGCAGAAACCAAUGCAACCAACAAUGCAGGUACCACUGCAAUCACAACUGCAGAAACCAAUGCAGGUACCACUACAAUCACAGCUGCAGAAACCAAUGCAACCAACAAUGCAGUCACACCACUGUCUCCGGUGCCUAUGGAUUAUGUGAGAUGUGUUUUAGCACUGUUAUUGUUCAGUCGUCUGUGCUUUCUUGGUGGAUGGUCUGUCCAGUUCAUUACACCUGUUCAGAGAAAUGUCGCCAAAAUUCUGUUUGUCCUUGAAUUAGCAUCCAAAAUUAUUGCUUUCAUCCUCGUAUUGAUAAGAGCCAAAAAAUACCCAUCUGUGUGGCAGUGUGCUGGUUUCAGGGUUGAAUUUACUGCUUUGACAGGGAUUGCCAUGGUUUUAAGUUUGCUGCACACCAUCACUAUUUUCCUUUUCUGUGGACCAAGCCAUGAGUUAAGGAAGUGUUGGCUUUGUGCUGCCAUAGUGGUUCAUCUGCUAAAUACUUGCAUCACAACUGCUACAAUAUUUGUUGGAGUGUGGUGUUUUCAAGGGCGCUGGCUACCAAUUUUAAUGGGUGCUUAUGUAAUUUGGGAGAUCUUGCUUCACCUGAUCUCACUUAGGUGUGACCAAAUAGAAAAAAAACAGAUAAGAAGACACACUGGAGGAAUUCAGAAUCAGGGUAUGAGAAGGAGGAUACUCCAGUCGAUCGUUUUAGGCGUUUUCUCUGUUUUUAAUAUAAUGUUUACAAUUGCACUUAUAACAGGAGUCUUUGUGACCUCCAUGGUAUUGGGACUAGAUUGACUAGGACUUAAAUUAGGACAUUUAGGCCCGGUUACAUAGACAAGGCUUAGCUUAAACCAGGACUAUGCCUUAGUUAAAUUAGGUUAUUUAAAUCGCUUUUAUUAAAAUGUCUUACAUAAAAAUAUUAAUUACAUAUUAAAAAUAUGUCAGGGCAAUUUAUUUUCCGUUAAGACAGCUCAAACUUUCAUUUUAGUCUGGGACUAAUCCUAAACCUUGUCUGUGAAACCGGGCAUUAAAUAGUUACAAACAUGCCUUACAAAUAAUUGUUAUUUGUGUGCAUUUUAAGACAAAACAAUGGCACAGAUAUAUUUUUAGAUAUGUCAGUGCAGCUGUCUAGUCUUAAGUCCUGUAUGGGAAACUACCCCAAAGUCUUUUUGUAUGAUGAAAGCGUUCUGAUAUUGAUAAUCUGCUAUUUAUCUAUCUAUCACAUUACUGUAUAUUUACAUAUUUCCCCCUAGAUCUCUACUUUUUCGUUGUUUACAGUUUUUUGUGGGUUAUUACAGUAAAAUGUAAUUAUUUAAAACAGAAUUUAGCUGAAAUAAAUGUGCAUAGAUUUGUCAUUUACUAAUUCACAAUGUGCUACUUUACGAAGCUUUUUGAUAGAAACUGUGAAGUUAACUCUUAACCUAAAGUAAGCUGCACAUUGGCAUGUUACAUGUGUAUGAUUUGAAGCAAGAAUAUAAAAGGUGAUGAUGAAUCGUGGCACAAUAAAUAUUUUACAUGUAUUUGCAACUUUUCAAAUCAGAAAAGUUUUUAAAUGAUAGCAUGUUGGUUCAUGCUUUUAAAUCUUGCUGUCUAAACAAUGGUCAUAGUCCUUUUUGCCAUCAUCUAAGAACUCUUUUCCUGAGCCGGUGGACUUGAGUGCUGAUAGUAUUAUAAAUGUAACAAAAUUGUGCAGCAUUCCCACAUAAAGUGAAAAAAGUGAAAGUGACCUAUUUGUCACCCGAAAUGUGACCUCUGCAUUUAACCCAUCCAGUGAGUAGUGAACACACGUACAUCCGGAGCAGUGGGCAGCUAUCACUGCAGCGCCCGGGGAGCAACUUGGGUUAAGGUGCCUUUUCUCAAGGGCACCUCAAGUCGUUACCCGCCGGCCCGAAUCGAACCGGCAACCUUCCGACUCUCUAACCAUUAGGCCACGACUGCCAUGUAGAUCUGCAAUAAACAUUAUUUAGUAAAGUUCACCAGUUCAUACAUAGAUAUUCUGACAAAGUAGUGCUUGAAUACUGAAAACUGUGCAAAGAAAUAUAUUGGAAUAUUAUCUGACAUUUCCUGGUGUGUAACUUCUCACAGUAAUAAAUUACUUUCUGUUUAUCUUCCUGGUUCACUGUAAUUUUAAUCUCACUGGCACAGACCAACAGAUUUAUAACAAAUCACAUUUUUGUUGUUAAAAGCCCUUUGAACCUUUAAUGAUCUCUUUACCAAUCACUUCCAUCAUAGUGAGUUCGCUGGAAUUGUUUACAGCACCCGAGUGUUGACUUAAGUGUCAGAACACUCAAAUAAAAAUUACACCCACAGAAUUCCAGAUAAGCUCCUCGGCCCCCGUUCACACAGUUCUAGGACAUUUCCUACCUACUCUGUGGUUUUUAAAACAACC